AUGAUCGCGGCGGCAACGGUCGUCAAGAACCCCACCGUGCACAGGCUGACUUUUCCCAUCCAUUCAGAUGACGAGACGGGCGCCGCGAACCCUGCCGAGGACCUCCCGUUUACACCUGUUGACACCGAGGCGGGCGGCCCAAUGGAGAAGGUCGCGCACUUCGUGGACAUCGUGUCCGACCACCGCGGGGACAUCGACAGAGACGCUAUAUUGGAGCACUUCCGUCGCAAGACGUUCAAGGACCUGCCCAUGCCUUUCCGCUUGAAGGAGGAGCCCCCGAGCGAUUACACCAUGCAGCUGUUCGUGGUGCCGAGGGGCGACGGCGGGAAGUACAUCAUCAAGCACUACAUCAUGAAGAACAAGAUCAACGUUCACAGCCUCCCGAGCAUGCGCGUUGGUCAGGCGCAUGAGGUCGCGCGGGGCAUCCACGAGAAGUCAGGGGCGAAGGCGCUGCAACACCUGCUCGUGCACCUCCCUGGCUUGAAGACCAUGUAUUUCACGUUCGACCACCGCGACCUCAACAAGCAAAAAGAGCUCAUGGAUGAGUCGAAAGUCGACCAGGGGUUCGACUACAUCGGGGAGCAUGCCCGUCUGAUCCAGAAUAGGGGUCACCUUCGGUGGAUCACCGAAGAGCUGAACAACGAGAACAACAUCAUUUCCGGAUGGAAGGAGUCGCUUGUGAAAGAGAUCAUGAGGGGCAUCGCAAACGAGGCGGCGCUGUGCCAAGAGCACCUUGUGUGCCCCGUCACGCUGCGCAACGUCAAGCGCUCCUUCCUGGUCGGCGCCCUCAAGCCCAUGGUCAAGACGAUGGGCAAGCAUGCUCUCAUGAUGAUUGGCGAGCCUGGUAUCGGCAAGACUUUCGUGGGUCGCGCAGUCGCCCUGGCCCUCGCCAGGCGGUGGGCGCGCAAGAUCGGCGGCGAGCGCGUGGCCAUGCUGAACAGCACGACGGAGUUCGACUUCUUGCGCGGCCAGCCAGGGGGGAAGAGCUGCGCCUGGGUGUACGACGACGGGGCGCUGAACGAGCAGCGCGUUCGGGCGAUCAAGUCAUUCGCGGACGUCGGGGAUGAUGAGUCAAUGAUCUGGGCCCGCUGGGGGGCCACAAAAUGCGUGCAGGGACAGCCUCGCUUGAUCGUGGACAACGCGUUCAACCCAGCCACGCUCCGCCCCACCAGCGGCAGCUUCCCGACGAUCUCUCACAAGGACUUCCUGGACGCCGUGUCGGCAACCUUCCCCCCAGGGACGACUCUAGCCAACCCCAUGGCGUGUCUGAAGCGCUCGCACGUGACCCUCAACUUCACGCACACCGACGGCAAGGUCUACGUGAUCCACCGCCUCGCCUCCGAGGGCACUGAGCCCGUUCCGUGCUUUGUGUUGGACGAGUCGAACUUCAUCGCCGUGGACGGCAGGCGCCGCAUUGGCUUGUGGAAAGAGGGCAACCGCCAGUUCGGGACCGAUUACGAGCAGGACGUGAUGUGGGAGCAGAACUGGCUGGCAGAGCUCCUGGAGGACGACGAAGUCCCGCAGGGGGCCGGCGACUCGGGCGCGGAGGGCGUUUCCGCGGCCGCCGAGCCGCAGCCGUUCGGCCAGCUGGGCUUGGGGGACAUCUGGGUCAGCGCAGCAGCCGCGCCAGGGGGCGGCGCGCCCGCGGCCCCGAUGUCGCCAGGGGGCGGCGUGCCCGCGGGGCCCCGCGCGGUGUCCCCCGACCCCUUCGCGGACGGCUUCAAGUGCGACCGCAACGGGGGCGACCGCGACGAUUACGAGGACGAGGAAGAUCCGCCGCGCGGGACCCCCGCGCAGGAGAUCGAGCGGCUCUGGGUGCUUCACCAGGCAGGCGCGAUCUCGCUCAGGGAGUUCAACGCCUUGAAGAAGAGCGCGAUCAAUGCUGGGUUCGACGCCGUGAAGAAGCUUGCGCCCACCAAGAAGGAGGAGAUCAGCGUCAAGCGGCAGCGGGCGCCUCGCGCGUCGAUCAAGCAGGAUCCCGAGGGCCCCUGCAGGGCGGCGGGCUCGACCGAUGGGGCUGUCAAGCGGGAGGUGUUCGAGGCGAAGCCCGUGGGCAAGGAGACGAUCCAGGGGCUCUCCCCGGGCUCGGGGGGCGCAGAAGUCGGGCGGCGCUCGCGGGGCGUCACAGCGCUCGGGGCCGAUCGCGCCGCCGCGGCCAUGGAUCUCAAGAAGUUCCGCAAUGACAUCUCGGGGAACGCUUUCUCAUGCGCCUCUUCGUUCCUCCACCACGUCCGCUACAGCGAGUUCCCGAUUAAGAAGGAGGCCGAGGGCGAGAAGAAGUAUCACGACUGCCUGGCGCUUCGCGCCAUCCUCGUCUUCGCUGAUCACGCGGCCUUGCAGUGUUACCAGAAGUGCCCCGAGUGCCGCGGCGAGGCGGUCCUUUGCCGGGAGCGUCGCGACGAGUCGUGGAGGUUCGCGUGGACGUGCAACUCCUGGAAAGGGAUUAAAUGCUGGAGCGAGGCCGUGGGGGCGGCGGGCGUCCUUUCAUCCCUGCGGGUGAACAGCUACUUUCCAUUCCUGCACUUCGUCCUCCUGAUGACCAAGGAUUACCGCAUGAAGAACAUCUACGAGGAGAUGGAGGGGGCCUACGGCGUGAACCAAAAAGCAGUUGAUUCGUGGAAGAAGACCUACCAGUCUGCCUUGCAACGCUAUGUUGAAGAAGUAGACGGCACCAAGGUCGGCGACAUCGCCGAGGUGGUCGCGGUGGACGAGACCGCCAUGUGCCGCGACGAUUCCAAGAUCAGCAAGCCCAUCUGUUUCAAGCCGAAGCCCCGUACCAUUGGCAGUCACAAGCGGAACCCCCUCCUGAAGAAAGUGGAGCCAGGAAGGACCCAGUGGAAAACUGUCAAGAAGAUGCACUUGAAGAAGGCCACGGCGAAGACGUGCAUGAAGACAAGCGCGAAGAAGACAGGGCAGAAGAAGCGCACUCGGUACUACAAGCAGAAGGCGGGCACCCAGGACGACAAGCGCAAGUCUCGGUGGCUUUGGGCGGCGGUGGGGUGCGGGUCGAAGUCGACGGGGAAGAAGUCGCACAAGCUGGGGAACAAGCGCAUCUCCAUGGGCCUGCUCCCGACGGCUGCAGACGCACCCGACGGCAAGCCUCGGGGGACGAAGUCGCUGACGCCAGUGUUGCGUGAGCGCGUGGCGAAGGGGGGCGCCGUCGUGGCGGACAAGUGGCGGGCCGCGGAAGCGGCCGCGAAGAAGGCGAACUUGAAGGUGAAGGACACUGUGAACCACAACAAGGGCUUCCGCAAUCCCGUCACUGGCGUCCACGCGAACGACGUCGAGAGCGAGUUCGCGCGCCUCAAGCUCUUCCUCCGCAGCAAAUUCGGCUACGUGCGUUCCUCGAACAGCACCGACGUCGCCCGCAAGGGCGAGGUUCUCCUCCUGAGCGUUGCGGAGUAUGUGUUCUACACGAACGUCGGGCGGGACAUGGCUUCCAUCAUGUCAGCUUUUCGGCAUGCGGGAGGUCUCCCCCGCGGCACCCAGAGGGGUGCCGCUGUGUUUCCACCAGACGGGCCCGCCAUGGCGCCGGGGUGCGACGCGGCUGCGGCGGCCGCGCCGCCCGGACAGGACGCCGCCCCUGCAGGAGCCCUGGCCGCCCAGCUGGGCUCGACGGGGCGGGCCCGCCUCGCGGGCCUCACCGUCUGCGGGCUGGUGGGCAUCCUCGCCACGGCGCGGGUCGCGCGCCAGGCGUGGUGGCUCUUCUGCGACCAGGGGGCCACGAAGGCGCAGAUGGCCUCCCUCACGGCGCAGAUGCAGCAGCUAACCUUGUCGGGAGCGAUGGGCAUGCCAGGCGGAGGAUCCCCGGGUGGCGGCCCGCCCGACGGUGCGACGCACGGAUGGGCCGACGUUGGAGCGCCGCCGCCUGGGAUCCCGCAGGUGCCGGGCGUGACGAUGGCGGGGCCAGCCACAGGGCCCGUCGGGCCCCCCGUGGGUCUGGCUGCCCAGGCACCCGCGGGUGCGGCGAGCCUGGACGCGCUGGGGGCGUGGGCGGGCUUGGCCGCCCCGUCCGCCCCAGAGGCGGGCGCAGCCGCCGCCGCGGGGGGCCCGCCUGGCGCCCCGCAGCGCAGGCCGCCCGAGCUGGACAACAAGGUUCGGCAGCAGGUCCAACAUCGCUUCUGGUCCAACAUCCACACGUUGGACUCGAGCGGGCAGCUGCUGCCCGAGGUGGAGCGUCUCUUGUCGGGGUUCGGCUACGUGGGCGAGCAGACGGUGACGGCCCCCCGCCACGAGGAGCUCGGGGCCGCGCUGGACCGCCUCGCGUCGGAGGCCGCGCUGACCGCAGGCGCCGGCAUCUGGCAGGCAAGCCCCAGCCAGGGCCUGGCCGCCGCCGCGGGAGGCUCGGAGGAGACGCGGUGGGGCUCUUCAUUACCCGCGGACCUCCAGCGAGCGGCCCCCGAGAUCUACAGGGCGAUGAGAGGCGAGGGGUCGACGAGUGCACGCGACUGGAUCGCGCAGCGCUACCAGGGGAGCCGGACCAGCCCAGUGUGGGUCGACCUGUGGACUCUAGCCACGUCGGUUGACUUCCGUCUCCGCGACUGCGGCAGUGAUCUGGAGAUCAUGCAGGUGCUGGCCAAGGGCGACAUGAUGGAGAUCGGACUCCGCCGCCUCGCGGCGUACGUGUACGAGCAGCGGAGCGGCGACCGCGCCGGGGCCCAGCACGCGUUGGGCAUCGCGCCGCUUGGCGGCUCAGCCGACGUGGCCCCGGCGCGGAUGGUGGCCUCAGCGACGAUGCACUCGAAGAUCGAGCACCAGCGCAGGGAGAGAGUCGAGGCCGAGGCACGCCACAGACGCAAUAACGACAAGGGCGGCGCGGCGCGGGUGCCUGGAGUGCGCGACGAUCUACACCCCUCGCUGCAGCAGGUGAUCUCGGCACAGCCGGGACAGGAGGCGUUCUUUCCCAUCGCGCUGGUGGAUCGCCCGACCCAGAUGACGAGUCGAUCAAGUCGACUUCGGCAUCGAUUCAAGCGUGAGCUCACCUUGUGGGCUCUCGCCAACGAGUUCGUGCAGGGGAUCAAUUCCAUGGACACGGGCUCGUGCAAGGACCUCACCCGCCCCCGCCGCAAGGAGAGCUUGUCGGAGAACAUGCGGGGGCUGCGCGGCCAGGUGCAUAGGGUAGCUCUACGAGAAGCUAAACGGCUGGCAGAGGCGCGCCGGGACUGCGGUUUCACAGACGCCCCCGCGGUGCUGGGGCUAGCUCGUGUGGAGGAGGUGGGCGAUGGCAAGCCUACCCGCCUGUCGACCCAUGAGGCCCUGAGAGCGGAGGACAUUGAUGAGCCGCAGGUAGUGCAGAGUGCGGACAUGCUCGAGGCGCUCGAGCCGGAGGAGGCCAGGUACUACAGCGACGAGGGGCUUGUGGUUGCCCCGUCGGAGUUGCGCAGCCGCGUGAUCUUCGAGGAGCUGCAGGAAGUGAAGGCCAUCGCGGGCUUCAGCGCGGUGGGCAAGAAGACCAGCGGGCGGCAGCGCAAGAUCAUCAUGAUGGUGGCGGCUAACUAUGUUCCAGCGGCGUUCGGCGAGAGCAACGCCUUUUCUUUCGUGGAGGUCCCGAGCUGGAUGUGGGGGUGGCCGCGUGUGCCGCCCGUGCGGGCGUCCGCCGUCUGGUGGCGCCUGGCGCCCAGCCAGCGAGACUCUCUUGAGCCUGAGAGUUGGGUCUACCCGAGGUGGCGCCGUUUGGUCAUGGGCAGCUCCCACAGCGUGCACAUCCUGAUGUCAAUCAACGCAUGGGCGCACUCUGGCGUGGCAGGCUGGAUACCAGAGACCCGCGUCUUCGUGGUCAUGCAUGUGUUCGCGGGGGCCCGGAGGGGGCAGGACGUGCAGCACUUCGUCGCGGCGAUGAUGGCCGACCUGGAGCUGAAGGUGCUCAUGAUCUCGGUGGACCUGGCCGAGGACUCGCGGCGGGACCUCGGGCGCGUCGACACCUUGGAGCUGCUCUGGUCCCUGGUGGCCGAGGGCCUGGCGGGCGUGAUCCUGGGUGGCCCACCCUGCUCAACCUGGAGCCGUGCGAGGUUCAGGCCUGGUGGCCCGCGACCCUUGCGCCGCCGAGGGAAGUGCGCAUGGGGGCUGCCCCGGGAGAGACUACGGCCUUCCGAGGUGGAACGUCUGGACGAGGGCAACCGCCUGAUGGUCAAUCACCUGGCGCUGUGCGGCGGGGUGGGAGACCGCGGGGGAGCUUGGGCCCUCGAGCGUCCAGACGACCCUGGGGAGGACCCGCAUCCGUCCAUCUUCGACACCGAGAUCUUGAAGGGCCUGGAGUCCAGGACGGGAGCGCGGCACAUCUCUUUUGACCAAUGCAUGAUGGGCGGGCCCUCGCAGAAGCCCACGAGGGUCACAGGCGCGGUGCGACUGGCGGCCACCGAAGCACUACGAUGCGACGGCGCCCACACACACGAGCUGAGCUACGGUAAGGUUAACGGGAACUUUCGGACGACCAAGCUGGCCGCCUACCCACCUCGGCUGUGCAGGUGGAUAGCAGAGGGCAUCGUGGCCACGCUGUCGGAGAUGGCGCAGACCUGCGGCGGGCCAACUGGACACGUACGAGAUGGAGUGAAGUGUCAGAGAAUCACGUGCUACUCGGGGCCCUUGGACCUCGGCGCCUUCCAUUUCUUGAGUGAGACGUCCUCGCGAGGCCGCGGGGCAGUGCUGGGCGCGAGGGGCACGAGCUUCUACCUCCAUAUCGACGACGGCCUGUUCGCGGCGGACGGCGGGUCCCAGCAGUCAGGCGAGAAGAAGGUCAACAAGCUGGUCCACCAGGUGGCGGACGCGCUGGAGGACGUGUGCUUCGUUGUGAAGGAUCGGAGGGACCACGGCAUGGUGGAUCGCAUCGUGGGCUACGAGGUGGAGGCUAGCCCCGCACGAGUGCGGGCCCCGAAUCGCAAGGCGGCACUCAUGUACGAGGCGCUGCUGCUGCUCACGAGCCGGGGCUGGGUACACCUGGACCACCUGGCGUCGGUCAUCGGGGUCUGGAUCUGGGCGGCGCUGCUGGCCAGGCGCUGGCUGUCGGCGCCUCGGCACCUGUUCCAGUUCGCACGCCAGGGGGGCCCGCGCUGGAGACGGUGGUGGCCGUCGGCCCGCCGUGAGGCUGUAGCCAGGCGGCGGGGUAUCAUGGGGCUCUACGCUGACCUGGGGGCCCCGCUGCUGCCGAUGGCCCUCGCCUCGGACGCCGAGGGUGCGCAGGACUUCGACGCGGGCGGCUACGGCAUCGUCGUGGCCGCGGCGAACUCGAAGACCGUGGAGGAGCUGUGGAGCGCUGGUGCUUGCCCUGGCGUGGCCGUCGCCAAGCCUGGGCAGCUACAGAAGGUGCUGGAGCGAGGUCCUGAGACGCUACAGCCGUUCUUGCCAGUGAGCUCAGUCGAGAGGGGUUGGAUCGACGGGGGGGCCUCCUGGAUCCCGGUCGAGUCGGGCCGCUGGAAGGUGCCUGACCACAUCGUGCUGGGAGAAGGGCGGGCCGCGCUGAAGGUCCUGGCGCGUCUGGCGCUCUUGCCAGAGGCUCACCGCUCGAAGGUCCUCAGCCUCGAGGACAACGUGGCUUUUGCGGGCGCCGCGGCCAAAGCCCGAUCGGCCGCCGGCCCCGCGAACUACUUCCUCAGGCGGAGGUGCGCGUUGUCGAGCGCCACGGAGAUCAGGAUGCACCUCUCCUGGGUGGAGACCGAGAGGAUGCCCGCGGACGGCCUCUCACGCAUGAGAGGAUGUGGUCAGGAUUUAGAGGGGCGCAACGCCCUGGUGCCGAGAGUGCCUGAGACAUUGCUAACCUAUCGCAAGCGAGCAGCGGAGUUCUACCAGUGGUGCGUGGCCGAGGGGGCCCACCCCUGGAGCCCUGACGAGUGGGGCGACACGAUCAUGGAGUACAAGGCCUCAGUGGACUUGCUCAAGAGUCAUUUCACCUCCCUGCUCGCCGCUAUCGAAUUCAAGUUUCCGCGGCUGAAGGGCGGCCUUUGCAGAUGCCACGCCGCCUUGCGUGGCUGGGAGUUAGAGCACCAGACCAAGCACACAGUGCCGAUGGUGAGCACCGCCCAGGCUUUCGUCAGCGUGCGUCUCAGCGCACUCGGAGAGCCUCGCCUGGCCAUCGGCCUCAUGUUGCAGGGAAAAGUGGGGAUGCGGCCCAGCGAGAUGCUCGGGAUCGUCACGUCCGAUCUCGUCUUCCCCGAGGAGUCUGGGCACGGUCGAGGUCGAGGGCCCCUGGUAGCAGGCUUGGGUAUCAAGGCGAACACCAAACCGAAGCGCCCCCAGUCGAACGCCAUCCUGGAGGCCUCCAGCCCUGUAUUGGUGGAUCUCCUGAGGACCCUGAAGGCCCACGCGCCCCCUGGGGGCCGCAUGUUCCCCUACGCCCUCGAGAAGUACCGCGAGUUGCUCGCUCGCAUCCAGUCGGAAUGUAACCUACCAAUGGGAUGGACCCGAGCAGGUUUCGCUUCAGAGGCCACAGCGUGGGGUAUGUCCUUCGAGCAGAUUCGAGAAACGGGCCGUUGGAAGGUGGACAGUUCCCUUCGAGUAUACAUCGACAUGGUCCAGGCCGCCCACAUAGCCGUGGGGCUCAAGUCGGCUGGGUGGGGUCCAGCCUUCGAUUGGGCCGUGUGGUACCUGUGGAAGUUGUUUAAGAUGUCCUCCAGCUGCAGUGGCAGCUGCAGCUGUGCUGUGCUCAUCAUGGCGGUGCUACUGACUACAGCGUGGAGCCCCUUGUUCGCACGUUCCAUGAGCAUCGCCUCGGACGUGGCCGAGGAGGUCGGAGGGGCUGCCGGCCGCAUGAUGGGAGCAGGCGCGAACGUGUCGAGUGCGGCACGGAUCUUCAGCGCCCUCACCGACAAUGCCCUCAGCCUCGCCGAGACAGCAUGGGAAGGCAUCGACCUCACGAAUGUUACGGUCAACAGCUCCGCCGGCCGCAUCUUUUUCGAUGGAAACGAGUACGCCGAGGACGUACUGACUACGCCAGAGGCUCGAGCGGUGAUGGGACUGCCCGACCACUGGCUCCAGGCGUUGGCGGGUCAUAAGCAUCUCUUCAUCAGCGACUCAUCCUACAUCUCCCUGGACCUCUGGAUGGCCUGGUUCGAUACGGGCCAUGUGGGCUUGGCCCGGAGGACUGCAGCAGUUACCUACAACGCACGCUGGGCCAAUCCCCUAUGGUCGCUGACCGAGGACGCUACCACUCAGACGAUUCGAAUCUCAGAGCUGCUGCAAGAAGCCACCCAGGCGACUAUCGACAAGCCAGACCUCACUCUGUCCAAGUCGGCGCUCCUGCACGCUCCAGCCAUCACGCCACCCUCAGUGCCGAUGAGGAUCUGGAGGUGGAGCAAGCGCCUAGCCGCCUGGGCUUGGCCGCGAGACGGGAACGGGGCCUUUCGCUCGUCAUCGGCGCCUGGCGCCGAGGACGAGCCUUUCCCCGCCGACGGGGCCGCCGCCGACGAGGGCUCCCCGGACACAGGGGCGGGCGAGGGCGACAGCCACAGCGAGCCUGCCGAGCCCUCAGCAUAG